AUGUCCUUCCCCAACAGCUCUCCUGCCGCUAAUACUUUUUUAGUAGACUCUCUCAUCAGUGCGUGCAGGAGUGACAGUUUCUACUCCAACAGCGCCAGCAUGUAUAUGCCACCUAGCACAGACAUUGGGACUUAUGGGAUGCAAACCUGUGGACUCCUACCGUCUCUGGCUAAAAGAGAAGUUAAUCACCAAAAUAUGGGUAUGAAUGUACAUCCUUAUAUACCUCAAGUAGACAGUUGGACAGACCCGAACAGAUCUUGUCGAAUAGAGCAACCUGUUACACAGCAGGUCCCCACUUGUUCCUUCACUACAAAUAUUAAAGAAGAAAGCAAUUGCUGCAUGUAUUCCGAUAAGAGAACCAAACUCAUUUCUUCAGACGUCCCUUCCUACCAGAGGCUGGUGUCUGAAUCAUGCCCCAUUGAGAACCCCGAGGUUCCCGUCCCAGGAUAUUUUAGACUGAGCCAGACCUACGCCACUGGGAAAACCCAAGAGUACAAUAAUAGCCCCGAAACGAGUUCAACUGUAAUGUUACAGUUAAACCCUCGCGGCAGCUCCAAACCGCAGAUAUCUUCUCAACUUCAGAUGGAAAAGAAAAUGAAUGAAAACCCGAACAACCAAGACAGCGCAGCUAAAGUCUCUCAAGUGGAAAGUCCCGAGCCCAAGUCCACGUUGCAAGACGAGAGGAGCUGCCUGCCCGAAGGCUCCGUGUCCAGCCCAGAAGUCCAGGAGAAGGAGAGUAAAGAGGAAAUCAAGUCUGAUACUCCAACAAGCAAUUGGCUAACUGCAAAGAGUGGCAGAAAGAAGAGGUGUCCUUACACUAAGCACCAAACACUGGAAUUAGAGAAAGAGUUCUUAUUCAAUAUGUAUCUCACUCGAGAGCGCCGCCUAGAGAUCAGUAAGAGCGUAAACCUCACUGACAGGCAGGUCAAGAUUUGGUUUCAAAACCGCAGAAUGAAGCUCAAGAAGAUGAGCAGGGAGAACCGAAUCCGAGAACUGACCGCUAAUCUGACCUUCUCUUAAAGCCUAACCCUGGGGGUGGAAACAGUGAGAAAUGGGCACAGCACCACCAGUUGC